UGAGCCCAAGUUCUCACGAGACACCUACCUGGCCACUGUGCCUGAGAUGUCCGAAGUGGGUACAAGUGUUAUCCAGGUCACAGCAUCAGAUGCCGAUGACGAAGACUAUGGAAACAGCGCCAAGUUGGUAUACAGUAUAUUGGAAGGACAGCCAUAUUUUUCUGUGGAUCCAAACAACGGCAUCAUCCGCACAGCGCUGCCCAACAUGAGCCGGGAGAACAGGGAGAAGUACCAGGUGGUGAUCCAGGCCAAGGACAUGGCGGGCCAGAUGGGGGGCCUGUCAGGGACCACCACCAUUAACGUCACCCUCCUGGAUGUCAAUAACAGCCCCCCACGGUUCUUACACACUGGCUACCACCUGUCGGUACCGGAGUCUGCCAAGGUGGGUGCCCAGGUGGGCCGGGUGAAAGCCAACGACGCCGACAUCGGCAAGAAUGCGGAGAUGCGCUACCGCAUCCUGAACGAGGAGCGACGCGGCACCGGGCGCGACAGCGGACACGAGGGGAGUGACAUGUUCGACGUCUUCACGGACGGAGCCACACAAGAGGCCGUGAUUACAGUCAGGAAGCCUCUGGACUACGAGAGCAAGCGCCUGUACCAGCUGAAGUUGGAAGUAACAAACACGGAACUGGACCCUCGUUUCGUCCACUUGGGCCCGUUCACCGACACGGUCACCGUGCGGGUCACCGUGACGGAUGUGGACGAGCCUCCAGCCUUCACGCGUAAUCCCUACAUCAUCGAGGUGCAGGAGGACACGCCUGUGGGCAGCUCCGUUGGCUCAGUGAUGGCCCAUGACCCCGAUGCCGACAAAAACCCAGUCAGUUACAUCAUUGAUAGGUACACUGAUCUAGAGCGUCUUUUCGACAUCCAUCCAAACAACGGCACCAUCUUCACCCUGCAGCCACUGGACCGUGAGCUGAACAAGUGGCACAACAUCUCCGUGUCAGCCACCGAGAUCAAAGCAUUUGGUUCUCCCAAGAUAACUCCAAAUAACGCUGGGCAGAUUACCCGUGUUCCCGUGUUUAUCAAAGUCAUGGACAUCAAUGAUAACGCUCCAGAGUUCGCCAUGUUCUACGAGACCUACGUUUGUGAGAAUGUGAAAUCUGGCCAGCUGAUCCAGACCAUCAGUGCUGUGGAUACCGAUGAGCCAUUAAUUGGCCACAAGUUCAUCUUUACUCUCAGCACCAUCAACCCAAACUUCACCAUUAUUGACAAUGAAGACAACACGGCGCGGAUCUUGACCCGGCGCGGUGGCUUCAGCCGUCGGGAGACCAGCUCGUACCUGCUGCCCGUGGUGAUCUCGGACAACGACUACCCCAUCCAGAGCAGCACGAGCACGCUGACGGUGCGCGUGUGCGCCUGUGACGGCCGCGGCAACGUGAUGACGUGCAGCACCGAGGCCCUGCUGCUCUCGGCCGGCCUCAGCACCGGAGCCCUGGUGGCCAUCCUGCUCUGCAUCUGCAUCCUACUCAUGAUUGUGGUGCUGUUCGCAGCCCUGCGCCGGCAGCGCAAGAAGGAGCCGCUGAUCAUGUCCAAGGAGGACGUGCGCGACAACGUGGUGAGCUACAACGACGAGGGCGGCGGAGAGGAGGACACGCAGGCCUUCGACAUCGGCACGCUGCGCAACCCCGAGGUGAUGGACAGCAAGCUGCGGCGCGACAUCAUCCCCGAGAUGCUCUUCCCGUUCCGCCGCGCCUCGCCCCUCAAAGGCGACAACGCCGACAUCCGCGACUUCAUCCACGGCCGGCUGGCGGAAAACGACCUGGACCCCACGGCGCCCCCUUACGACUCGCUGGCCACCUACGCCUACGAGGGCAGCGGAUCCCUCGCAGAGUCCCUCAGCUCUCUGGAGUCGGCCGCCACCGAGGGGGACCAGGACUUCGAGUACCUCAGCCACUGGGGCCCGCAGUUCAGGAAACUGGCAGACAUGUACAUUGGCAAGGACACAGGGGACGUUUGAUUGAAGCGAAUUAUCAAGUGUGCAUAAUAGAGCCGGACGAGGAAAUGAAGGAAAAAAUGGUGGCGAACACUGGUUGGUUGAUGGAUGUGUCAGUCAAAAGGGCUGGCCAAUCAUGAUACACUUGUGUGUGCCCUGCUGACACUCUGCCAUUUAGUACCGUAAAUAAGGAGACUGGAAGAUACUAUACUCCUACUCAAGCUGACAAAAGUAAACCAGUCACUACUCUAAAGGAUUUUUUCCAUGUUUCUUUUUAUUUCGAUUUUUUCUUGAAAUCAGUAAAGAUGCCUUCAAGUUGUAGGAGUACAUUGUGAACAAUGGUGUGGAAAAUGUGUUUUGUAACUUACGAAGAGCGAUAGUAGUAUUGUUACUAUCUAUGUUUAUGGCAAAAAAAAAGAAACGAAAAAAAAAACAAUAAAAAAAUUGCUUUUAUCACAAACCUAUUUGAAAUAAGUAUGUGUAUAAAAUGUUUUGCAGCAAUGGACAUAAUGUAUACUAUUCAAUAUCUUUGUUUUUUGAGAAGCAACGUACCUGUGAACAGUACAGUACAGUACAGUACAAUAUCUGUCAAAAAUGUGGAACCAUUUCAGCUCAUAGAAGUAGACAUGUACAAAGGGGCUUUGUUGUGUAGGAUUUCACACUCGAUUCAU